AAAAAUAAGACUAGACUUCAGAACACCGACACCAUGGUUUAGCCUUACACAGCUCAGAACUCUUGACCUGGGCUGACCUAACCGGGCCCGCCAGUCGCCACGCCACUGGGGUUUCUCCGGGAAAUGCAGUUAUAACGUAAUGGUAAUCAAGAAUUCCCCCACUCGUAGAGCAACUCCGCGACAUUCUAUCUAUUCUUUUGCCUUUGGAGUACGAUAGCUCUAAGUCAGAGUGUGAACUUUGUUGGACUCAAUAUAGAUCUAGACCACACAUUCGAGCGGAGCGUGAAAUAUGAUAUUAUGGUAAGUUGGAACUGAUUUUGUGAAAGUGCAGACCACACAUUCGAAUGGAGUGUAAAGUAUGAUUUUAUUGUAAGUUGGAACUGAUUUGGUGAAAGUGGAGACUUUGUAAGACUCAAUACAGACCACAAUUUUGAGCGGAGCGUAAAGCAUGAUAUUAUUAUGGUCGGAUUAACAACGAAGAAAUGGAUAUGGACACAGCAAGCGCAAGAAGGAAUCUGUUGUUGGCAGGCUCAUCAAACGCCAGUGGAAGAUACCACAUCCAAUGAACAAUGCCAGGCGCAAACAUGUUUUAUAUUAUCGUAAAUGUCGUCAAAUGGCUUGCAUUUGGGUUUUUGAAGUGUGUAUUCAGUUUAGCUGCUUUUUGCAUAUCAUUUUUGAUUGGUUUCUUAUGGAAAAUGCUACCCCUUUGUGUGCUCUUGUGCCUCAUUGGGAAUUACUUUUAUCAGCAGUCCAAAAAAAAGUUGAUUGAGCAAGAGAAGCAGAAAGUCCAGCGCUUUAUGUUCCGGUUGCUCAGAUGUACCAAAUCGUUGUACGAGGGUCUGAAUCUCAACUCGCACAUCGCUACCCCGAUCCUUAUCGAGUUUCUCGUUCCGGAGUCUGACGGCUAUGUGGCGACGUCGUGGCACUCGGUGUCGGACGGUGUGUCCAAAUACCGGGUAUGUGGAGUGCUGUACAAACACAAGGGCACGAUGAACGUGUAUCUCGGUGUGGAUAAGGAAAUAGAAGCCAGUCUCUUGCACUGGCCACCCAGUUUGGCUUGGAAAGUGUCCAUAAAUGGUGUUCAGUUUGGCCAGAGACUGUCCAAGCAUUAUCAAUGGCACGAAGACCUCCAACUCCAUCUGUCUGUCUACGACGCUAUCCUUGUCUUCGGGAAAGGGAAGGGUUCACCCAAAAAGAUCACUUGGUCCGUCUAUAUAGGCAAAGCGAAUGCCUCAAUAGAUACCGAUUACGUCCAGAGUUUAUCCAGGAGAGUGUGCCAUGAUUGCAAGGCGUGGAAAGAAGAAAUAAAUUCUACUCUGCACACAAACUCCAAAUUUCUAUCUGUGCCAGUGAACACGAUCAGCGAAUGGAAGAAGUGUUCCACCGCGCUGACUGGUCUUUCAUGCAAAGCCAAAGAGCAGUUGUGUGAGGACCCCACUGAUCAAGAGCUUAUCGUUAUGGAGAACAUCGACUGUGAUUUGUUUAAAGAGGAGCAUUGUGAUAUGUAUAGCUCUUACCAGGACUUACAACCAAGAGGGGGUAGUCUGUACAAAGUCAGAGGGCGAAUUAUGUGUAACGAAUCUCCUGGCGUUCUCAUAUUUUCCGUUUGUGUGAAUGCUUCCAAACAUCUUAACGUAUCGGACCUUUUAUGGCCUGUCAAGCUUGACUGGGAGGUUAUUCUGGUAACGGGAGACUCAAAGCAUAUUAUUGGGUCGAAAUGCUCCUUGUUUCAAAAGCCAACGAAAGAUCACGACAGUGUACUCUGCUCAGAGGAAGAUAUGCGCGUGAGUCUAAAUGAGGACGAUGCGAGGUUUGUCGACGUUCGCUGGCUGACGGUACAGUGGCGAGUCCGGCCCACAUCAGGUGUGUUCUGUGUUAAGACCAAAGACAUAUCUGCGUGCCUGAAGGACAUAGAGACCUGUUUCAGGGCAGCCUUUGAGUGUGGGGACCAACGUUUGAGGUCAGAUGAGACGUUACGGAAGACGCCACGACCCCAUCUAGGUUCACUUCGCCGUAGUGCACGCACAACCUCGGCUCCUCCAAUUCUCCAGCACUCCAACUGGAUCCUGCUCCUCCUGGGCGGUGCGCAGGCUGGCGUGAGUAGCGUAGGGAAUGGCAUUCUUCAAGAGGACGUGUUUACCACUCACGAGGAAGACGAAGGGGGGCUGGUCGGAGAGCCAAGGGCCCUGGAAGCCACGCGGUACUCACAGGUUUUAAAUGGUCACGUGACGGUUGUGGACGUGCCGGGCCUGAAGGUUCAUACGACCGACUUUGGGGGGACAGUCUCGGCUCGGUAUGAGAGAAGCCUCAAAGCUGGCUUUGAUAAAUGCGAAGGGGGCUUUCACGCUCUGAUCUACACGCUCCCGUUUUCAACUCGGCUCUCGGAUGAAGAUAAAACUAUCAUCAGCUACAUUAAAGGGCUUUUAGGAAGUUCUGUGUUUAAAGACUUCGGGGUUAUUGUGAUCACCAAAGAUAACUUAAAUUCAAAUUAUAGGAAAGACAAAAGUUUCAAGCGUUGGUGCCAGGAACGGCAAGGUAGUCUUUUAGAGUUCUUUCAGGAGUGUAACUUCCGAUGUGUCUUGGCUGACAAAACGACAAGAGCUGCAACGCCAGCGAGUACCUUGUUCAAGAAUGUCAUGGAAUAUGUGAUGGACUUGCAGGCAGUAGAGAAACGAUACAACAUGAGAUCUCUCCAUGGGGGGAAUUCUGUACACAGUGAUCUUCUCCGCAAGUUCUCUGACAUGAUACUCAGGUAUCACUCAGUGAAACUCAUGCGGAGAAACAAUGAGCAAAAGAACGAAUUUCAAGAGUUAAAACGUGUCGCUGAAGACCUGAACAACGAAGCGCGAUCUUUGCAUAAUAUGACGUCACAGCUGCGCACGGUGGUCAAGGCAAUAGACAACUUCACAGAGAUACUGGACAAUGAGAUCUCCAGGCUAGAUGACAACAGUGUCAAGGACGCUGCUCGUAUACAAGACAUGGAGAAAGAGCUGAGCAUGUAUGUUGAGCUUGUCACUGGUCAUGUGGCGGAAAACUCCAAGCUGCAAGAGCAAAUUGCUGCGGCGAAUGAGAAAGUGACAUAUCUUACGGAUAAAGCGGUGGAGUCGCGGCACCAACUGGAGCAGGUGGAGGCAGAGAGAGACCGGUUAGCUGAGGAGAACAGGUCCCUACUGCGAGAGAUUGAGACAUUGAAGGACAUAAACUGCAAGGACCUCCGCAUGAGCAGUGACGUUUCCGAAAUGUUGUGUGAGUAUGCAUUCUUGGAAGACUUUGGUACUUUUGUAAUAGUAAUAGUGCUUACACUUACACCUUUUGGAAGACUUGUAUUUUAGUAAUAGUGCUUACAU